CAAUCAACAUUGCUGCUACUUGCGGGCCUGAAUCCCUCUUCAACCUUCUGCUUUCUGGAGGGGCACCUUCAACCAGCUCCGUGGUGCACUGGCAGCGGCUUCUUUAGUUGUAAAGAAUAAGUGGAAAUAACACUUUUACACAGACACAAUGUCGUUUCUGACUGUGAGCAGGUUAGCACCUAAGCUACUCAAUUCAAAGAAUGCCACCUACUUCCUUGUGGCUGCCAGAAAUGCCAGCGCAACAACAACAAAUCUGAAGGAUGUUCUGGCAGACCUCAUCCCUAAAGAACAGACCAGGGUCAAGAACUUUAAACAACAGUAUGGCAAAACCAACAUAGGACAGAUUAAUGUUGACAUGGUCUAUGGAGGUAUGAGGGGGAUGAAGGGUCUGGUGUAUGAGACCUCUGUGUUGGACCCUGAUGAGGGCAUCCGUUUCCGGGGCUACAGCAUUCCAGAGUGUCAGAAGUUGCUGCCUGCAGCUCCCGGAGGUGAGGAGCCACUGCCCGAGGGCCUCUUCUGGCUGCUGGUCACGGGACAGGUGCCCACCGAGGAGCAGGUGAACUGGGUGUCCAAAGAGUGGGCAAAGAGAGCAGCACUUCCCUCUCACGUUGUCACCAUGUUGGAUAAUUUCCCCACAAACCUUCACCCCAUGUCUCAGUUCAGUGCUGCCAUCACGGCUCUGAACAGCGAGAGCAGCUUUGCACGGGCCUACUCUGAGGGUGUCCACAAGUCCAAGUACUGGGAGUUUGUCUAUGAAGACUCCAUGGACCUGAUUGCCAAGCUGCCCUGCAUUGCUGCCAAGAUCUACCGCAACCUGUACCGCGAAGGCAGCAGCAUCGGAGCCAUCGACUCAAACCUGGACUGGUCCCACAACUUCAGCAACAUGCUGGGCUACAGCGAUGCCCAGUUCACUGAGCUGAUGAGGCUCUACCUCACCAUCCACAGUGACCACGAAGGGGGCAAUGUCAGUGCCCACACCAGCCACUUGGUGGGUAGUGCCCUGUCUGAUCCCUACCUGUCCUUCAGUGCUGCCAUGAAUGGUCUGGCUGGUCCUCUGCAUGGCCUGGCCAAUCAGGAGGUGCUAGUGUGGCUGACCGCUCUGCAGCAGGAGUUGGGCGGAGAGGUGUCUGAUGAGAAGAUGAGGGAUUACAUCUGGAACACACUGAAGUCUGGAAGGGUCGUGCCAGGCUAUGGCCAUGCUGUCCUGAGGAAGACUGACCCACGUUACACCUGCCAACGUGAGUUUGCCCUGAAGCACCUGCCCAACGACCCCAUGUUCAAGAUGGUCGCCCAGCUUUACAAGAUUGUGCCCAACGUGCUCCUGGAGCAGGGCAAGGCCAAGAACCCCUGGCCCAAUGUGGACGCCCACAGCGGAGUGCUGCUGCAGUACUAUGGAAUGACUGAGAUGAAUUACUACACUGUGCUGUUCGGUGUGUCCCGAGCCCUCGGCGUGCUGGCUCAGCUGGUGUGGAGUAGAGCCCUGGGCUUCCCCUUGGAGCGCCCCAAGUCCAUGAGCACGGAUGGACUGAUGACACUGGUGGGAGCCAAGUCAGGCUGAAGAAGCACCUGAAAAGAGCUGGGGGUUAGUGUGAAGGGUGGGAGGAGGUGGAAAAGUCAAAAAGCAGACAUAGGUUGACCCCCCUCCGUCAUUUCCAAUCCCAGGGAUUCAGUGGGAUUCAAAGAGACAGUACGCUUUUAAUGUCAUUUCACAAAAGAAGGGCCUUUUUUUAAAUCGUCACACCGUUAGCGCUUUGAGUGCGUUUAGUUAAGUUUUCCCCAUCAGGAACAUGAGAGGUGAAAACGUCCAACACAUAUACACGUAACCAA